AUAGAUCUGUAGUAGAAACCACAAAGUAUAUACUGUAUAAUGAGGAAGGUGAGACUAGAAAUGUCUAGUUUAGCGAGGUGCCUAACAAAAAAUGGCGGACUAUCAUUUUGUGUACAAAGACGUUGAAGGAAAAUCUACACAAUGGGAUGACAUCCAACGCAAGCUCGGAAAUCUCCCAGAAAAGCCUCCUGCUUUUAAACCACCUUCAUUUACUCCUGCAGAAGAUGAGGAUUCUAAGCCUAAAGAUAAAUCUUGGAUUGACUCCAAAACCCUAGAUGAGCUACAAGAUCUUGAGGAUGACUUUGAUGAUGAUCGAUUUCUUGAAGAAUACAGGAAGAAGAGGUUAACAGAAAUUAAGGAAGCUGCUAAAGUUGCGAGAUUUGGAUCAAUUAUUUCCAUUUCUGGGUCGGAUUUUAUCCGAGAGGUUUCUCAAGCUUCCCCUGAAAUUUGGGUAGUUGUUAUUCUUUACAAAGAAGGAAUUGCAGCUUGUGAGAUGUUAAUGGGAUGCUUGGAAGAGCUAUCGAGAAGAUAUCCCGGAACAAAGUUUGUCAAAAUAAUAUCUACAGAUUGUAUCCCUAAUUAUCCUGAUUGUAAUCUACCUACUCUGUUGGUUUACAAUAAUGGUGCUGUCAAAGCAAAUUAUGCGGGAUUGCAGAGUUUUGGAAAACCAUGCACACCUGAAGGUGUUGCACUAGUUCUCUGUCAUUCAGAUCCCGUGCUUAACGAUGGUCUGACUGGCGGUGAUUCAUCUAGAAGAUCUGUUCUUGACGGGGAGAGCAAGAGGCUCAUAGAAAAGUUGGUGGCAGAGCGUGAAAAUCUAGAUGAUGAUGGUGCUUCAAGUGAUUAAUGGGUUCUAGAGUCUUAAGCUAGUGGACCUUCUGAAUUUGGAGUUUUCUUUUCCUUUUUGCUUUUCAUUGUUUCUUUGGUAGGAGAGAAUAUGGACUGGUAAUUUAUGUGUAUGGAAAUUAAAGAAGUUUCAACUAUCUACUGUGAUUACAUCAUGAGUACUUAUAUAGUACUCCAAUCAUUACAAGCAAUGAUAAAAAGAUCUUUAUUACA